AUGUCAGCUGCUACACACCCCGUACACUCUUCGUCAGAACCUGCAAAACCUGCAGAGGGAUUAGAAUCCGUCACCCCGGGAGCUUCCGCUACCCAGGUCAACAAGAAACAAGGUCCAAAUAAGAAGGAAAAGAAAGAUAAGAAAGCUGGUGGAGGAGGUGGACCUCUGGAACUCAGUCCUGCGCCAGAAUACUUUGCGGAACGAAUCCAAAUCUAUGAUAAAUUCAAAGCAGAGCAUGACGAGUUUGUGAAGAACCAGGAACGAGUAGAUAUCACUGUUACUCUUCCUGACGGUAAGAAAAUCGAAGGAACUUCAUGGGAAACUACACCACUUGAUAUUGCUAGAGGCAUAUCACCUGGUUUAGCUGAUAAGGUUAUCAUUGCCAAAGUAAACAAUCAACAGUUAUGGGAUCUUACUCGACCACUUGAAUCAUCAUGUGAUUUGAAAUUACUUGAUUUCGAUUCACCAGAUAACAACUACGAAGCUCGACAAGUUUUCUGGCAUUCUUCGGCACAUGUCAUGGGUGAAGCUUGUGAAAGAAGAUUUGAUGGUUGUCGUCUAGGUUAUGGACCUCCAUUGGAAGAAGGUGGUUUCUUCUAUGACAUGAGUUUAGCGGAUGGUAGAACAAUCAGUCAAGAUGAUUAUAAAGGUAUUGAAGAUGUCGCCAAAAUCGCUGUAAAGGAGAAACAACCUUUCGAGAGAUUAGAAUUGUCGAAGGAAAGUUUGUUGGAAAUGUUUAGAUACAACAAGUACAAGCAACAUUAUAUCAACGACAAAGUGGCGGACGGUACUAGAACCACCGUUUACAAGUGUGGUCCUUUGAUCGAUUUAUGUCUAGGUCCCCAUGUUCCUCACACCGGUCGGAUCAAGUCUCUUGCCGUCACCAAAAAUUCCUCAUCAUACUUCCUCGGUGACGCCAAAAACGAUACAUUCCAAAGAGUGUACGGAAUGUCAUUCCCCGAUAAUGAUCGAAUGAAGGAGUAUAAGAAAUAUCUCGAGGAAGCUGCCAAGAGAGAUCACAGAAAGAUCGGUAAAGAGCAAGAACUUUUCGUGUUCAAUGAUAUCAGUCCCGGAAGUGCUUUCUUCUUGCCUCAUGGUAUGAGAAUAUAUAACACCCUUAUGAAUUUUAUCAAGGGCGAGUACUUCAAGCGAGGUUUCUCAGAAGUCGGCUCUCCAAAUAUGUUCAACUCCAAGCUCUGGCAGACUUCGGGUCAUUGGCAAAACUAUGCUGAAGACAUGUUCCAGUUGAAAGUUGAUGAGGAACAGUUCGCACUAAAACCCAUGAAUUGUCCGGGACACUGUGUCAUAUUCGAUUCCAGAGAACGAUCUUACAAGGAGUUACCAUUACGUUACGCUGAGUUUGGUGUUUUGCAUCGAAAUGAAGCGAGUGGUGCCUUAUCAGGUUUGACAAGAGUACGAAGAUUCGUGCAAGAUGAUGCUCACAUAUUCUGUACACCCGAUCAAGUCGAAUCGGAGCUUUACGGUGCUUUCGAAUUCCUCGAUGCUGUUUACAAACCUUUCGGAUUCACUUACAAAGUUGGACUUUCCACCCGAAACCCUAAGAAAUGGAUGGGUGAUCUUGCUUUGUGGGAUAAAGCAGAAGCUACUCUGAGAGAGGUGUUAGAGAAGAAGGUUCCUGGUAAAUGGCACGUGAAUGAAGAGGAUGCAGCUUUCUAUGGUCCUAAACUUGAUUUCCAAUUGACUGAUGCAUUGAAGCGAAAUUGGCAAUGUGGUACCAUCCAACUCGAUUUCAACUUGCCAGAACGAUUCAACCUCAAAUACCACUCUUCUGAACAAGCAUCAGAAAACACCCCUGGUGCCCAAUUCUCAAGACCUGUCAUGAUUCAUCGAGCUAUCUUGGGUUCGUUGGAAAGGUUCAUCGCUAUCAUCACCGAGUCAUCAGGUGGAAAAUGGCCAUUGUGGCUCUCCCCAAGACAAGUGGUGGUCAUUCCUGUAGCCAAGCCAUUCGUAGAAUACGCUCAACAAGUAUCAAAGCGAUUCACAGAUGCUGGUCUUUACGCAGAAGCGGAUUUGAGUGAUAAUACUUUGAACAAGAAAAUCAGAAAUGCUCAGACUGCUCAAUGGAAUUUCAUCAUGGUCGUUGGUGGAGAUGAACAGAGUUCGCAAUCCGUAAACAUCAGAAAUAGAGAUGAUGAAGUUCAAGGUAGAGAAGAAACCGUUAAACUUGAUAUUGCAGUCGAGAAAUUGAUUGCUCUUAGGGAGAGUAAGGCUGCUAUAAGUAAGCUUUAG